CACGUGUACUGUGUUGACUGUCUGAGGGAACCCAAUUUCCGGAGACCGUGAGUUCAGGUAGAAGUUCCUGCAAACAAUUUCCCUGUUUGUGCGAAUCCCGAACCAUGAGCGCCCCGGGCGUGCUGUCCUUUAUCCAGCAAGGCUGGGAGCAGGUGCUGGCCAAAGUGAAACGGGCUGUGGUCUACCUGGAUGCCGCCAGCGCGGAGAGUCUGCACUGGUACUGUGGGUCCACACGUCUUAUGGAGGCGGUGGGGAGUCCUGUGUGCCACUUGCGGGAGUUUGAGCCCAAGGCAGUUGGUGGCAAAGCCGAGCAGCCCAAGGCGGUGUUUGUGUUGAGCUGCCUGCUAAAAGGCCGGACUGUGGAGACACUACGAGACAUCAUCUGCCGCAGUCACUUCCAAUACUGUGUGGUAGUCACUGCCUUGAGCCACGCUGUUCAUCUCACGGCUAACCACGUGCCAGCUGCUGCAGCGGCCGAGCUGGAGGGACAACAACCGGUGUUCGAGCAGUUGGAGGAGAAGCUGUGUGAGUGGAUGGGCAACAUGAACUACACAGCAGAAGUGCUGCACAUACCGUUGCUGCUCGCUCCUCUUGCUCCCUACCUUGUCUUAACUCCAGGCUUUGCGUCCCUUUUUCCACUACUACCCCAAGAUGUACAUCUCCUUAACAGUGCCCGACCGGACAAGAGGAGACUGGGAAGCUUGUGUGAGGUGGAUUCCUCUGCCUUGACCCCAGAGCUGAUGCUGCAGAUGAGGUGCCUGGUGUCAGGCCUCAGUUCUUUGUGUGAGCAUUUGGGGGUUCGGGAGGAGUGUUUUGCUGUGGGUGCCCUCAGUCGGGUCAUCGCUGCAGAUCUGGCCAAUUAUGCCCCUGCCAAGAACAGGAGGAAGACUGCUAUAGGCAGGGCAUCUGUGGUCUUUGUGGAUAGAACUCUGGAUCUCACAGGAGCAGUUGGACAUCAUGGAGACAACUUAGUAGAGAAGAUCAUUUCGGUGCUUCCACAGCUUCCAGGCCACACAAAUGACGUGAUGGUUAAUAUGGUAGAGCUCACUGCACUCCAGACCCAGGAGGAGAAUCAGAAUGUGGUUGCACCAGGUUGUCUUGCACAAGCCAAUGAUUUUGCAGCCAAAGCCCUGUGGGAGGCCUUGCUGAACACCAAGCACAAAGAAGCAGUGAUGGAGGUUCGGAGACAUCUAGUGGAAGCAGCAAGCAGAGAAAACCUGCCAAUCAAGAUGAGUAUGGGCAGAGUCACUCCAGGGCAGCUCACAUCCUAUAUUCAACUCUUCAAGAACAACCUCAAAGCUCUAAGGAAUCACUGUGGGAUCCUCCAGCUUGGGUUAGCCACAGUUCAAACUCUGAAGCACCCGCAGACUGCUAAGUGGGACAACUUUCUGGCAUUUGAAAGGCUCCUUCUUCAGAGCAUUGGGGAGUCAGGGAUGUCUGUUGUGUUAAAUCAGCUGCUGCCCAUGUGUAAGCCAUCAACUCAGAGGACCAGUGAUGAUUAUGGCCCCGAGGAGCUGCUGAUCCUCCUCAUAUACAUUUACUCUGUCUUUGGAGAGUUCACAGUGGACAAAGACCUGGGAGAAGCUGAAGAAAAAGUGAAGAAAGCAUUGGCUCAGGUCUUCUGUGAGGAAUCUGAAUUAUCACCUUUGCUGCAAAAAAUCACAGGCUGUGACUCUGCAACUAAACUGACAUUUCACAGAUCCAAAAUCAUCGUAGAUGAACUAUUUUCUUCUCUUUGGGAUAUUGCUGGAGCUCGGAGUCACAUGAAAGAGUUUAAGUCUGUAUAUGUUCCUGGAAAUCAUACCCACCAGGCAUUCUAUAAACCACUGUUGAAGCAGGUUGUGGAGGAAAUAUUUAAUCCCGAGAAGCAAGAUCCUGUUGAUAUUGAGCACAUGUCUUCAGGCCUCACUGAUCUCCUUAAAACUGGAUUUAGCAGGUUUAUGAAGGUGAGCCGGCCUCAUCCCAGUGAUCACCCACUCCUGCUGCUCUUUGUGGUGGGUGGCAUCACAGUCUCUGAAGCCAAAAUGAUCAAAGACCUUGUGGCAUCCCUGAAACCAGGAACCCAGGUGAUCGUGCUGUCCACGAGACUCCUGAAGCCACUUAACAUUCCUGAGCUGCUCUUUGCAACAGACCGACUACAUCCAGACCUUGGCUUCUGACAUCUACUAAGAAGAUAAGACCUACCCAAGCUGGAAAUACCAAUACCAUUGUUUGUCUUCAUUCCAGAUAUGCCUAGCUAAUUGUGGGUAUGACUGCAUCGUGCUGAAAGGGUCUUGAUAACUGUGUAAUGAGGUACUUUAUUUAGAUUGGUCUUAUUCUUUAAAAAAAAUUACAGUUGGGCCUGGUGGUGUAGGCCUGUAAUCCCAGCUACUUGGGAGGUUGA